AGGCGGAGCAGCAGCGCUUGCAGCGCCAGCAGGAGGAGCGGGGAGGCCAGCAGGCAGCUUGGCCGCCGCGCCUCCCGAACCCCCCGGUGCCCGGGCAGCGUAGGGCAUGGCAGACCCGCUUGGCCGAUCCCCACGCUAGUCUCCGGGCGGGGGGCAGGCACGCACGCACGCCCCUAAGGCGAGAGAGGAAAGAGCCGCCGACGCGAGCGCCGAGGUGACUAUCUCGGUGGGGCCACGCUGACCAUGCUCAGGAGCUUCUGUCUUCAGCUCAUGUCCUUGCUUUGGAUCCUGGUGGCCCAUCACCAUUUUACACAAGGUGAUGACUGCAGUGACCACUGUAACUUGGCUCAUGGAAGCUGCGACGAGGACGGCAAAUGCAGGUGUGACAAAGGCUGGGAAGGAGAAUACUGUGAACAGUGUGUGAGGAUGCCAGGCUGCAAGCAUGGGACGUGCCACCAACCCUGGCAAUGCAUCUGCCAAAGUGGCUGGGCUGGCAAGCUGUGUAAGAAAGACGUGCAUGUCUGUGAGCACCAGACCCCGUGCCAGAAUGGAGCCCAGUGCGUCUACGACCGAGAUGGGGAAUAUUCUUGCCUGUGCCUUGAAGGAUUCCAUGGAAAGAACUGUGAGCUGAAGACGGGGCCAUGUGAUAAGGCAGGGUCCCCCUGCAAGAAUGGCGGAGAAUGCCUGGACCAGAAUGGCUUUGCUGACAACUACACCUGCAAGUGCCUGGCAGGAUUCAUUGGCACCCACUGCGAGAUUGAUGUCGACGACUGCCUGAUGCGCCCCUGUGCCAACGGUGCCACCUGCCUCGACGGCAUCAACCGCUUCUCCUGCCAGUGCCACACCGGCUUUGAAGGGCGUUUCUGCAGCGUCAAUGUUGACGACUGUGCCAGCCAGCCGUGCAGAAACGGGGCAAAGUGCUACGACCGCGUCAACGAUUUCGAUUGCCUGUGUCCCGAGGGCUUUGCCGGCAAGACCUGUGAGCUCCUUGCUCCGGAGCCGACGUGGGUCACCGCGUUUCACUCUGAUCCCAAGGGGCACGGCAACGAUGUCCUGAGAAGCACGGCCAGCAGCAACCCUUGGACAACCCAGUCUGAGCCCGUCCGGGUUGUGGUGACUGGGAAGCGGGUCACUAGCUACAGUGAGAAAUCAAAUGGGGGAGGGCUCUUGAUCUCCGUGAAAGAGGUGGUGACUCAGCAGGACUCAGGGCUGAGUCAGUCGCAGCUGAUUUUAGUGCUGGUGUUUGGGCUGCUCACGGCUGUCCUAGUCUUGGUAACUGUGUUGGUGCUGCUGAAGAACUGGCAGAGGGGGCGCCGGAGGUGCCAAAGCCCCUCGCAGUCUGCAAGGAAACUCCAGGACCAAGAGUGCCAAGUGGGCAUGUUGAGUACGGUCUUGAUAGAACCCAGGAAAACAACUGAGCUGUAAGGACCCCCUGAGUCGGAGCCUGGCCAACCUCUAUACACCCACCAGAUGAGUCAAGGAAUUGUCCGAGCUGCAUCCAGGGGGAUGCUCUGGCCGUCCGCCUCCAAAGCACUGCGGGCUCUGAUCGAACUCAAGGCCGUGCAUCGCCAGGGAAGAGGAUGUCCACAAGACAGCAGAGCCUUUGCUUGAAAGCGGAGUCCUUGAAUGCAUGCAGCUUAAAGCCACUGGCUUGGUGGCAGCAACCUCUUAAGGGCAGCCAAGGAAGUGCUGGGUCAUGAUAAAGCCAGUGCUGGAAACAGCAAGCAAGAUGGGUGCAUGUCAUCCAACAAGCGCUCCAAGGGAGUUGCUAGAAUGAGGCUAAGCAUGGCAGAACAGGUUGUAGUAUUUGGCUAAGCCCUUAAGCAUCUGGUAACUCUUGGUCAGAGUCAUUGGAAGUAUCCUAUGGCCUGUCUGUUUACUCAAGGGGCCCCAGGAACUGCUCUGUGUAUGCCCCACCACCCUCUAGCACAGGUGAUAAUGGGACCCCCAUUCUGCCUAGAGGCCUUUCAGUCUGUUAUCAAACCCCAUAAGCUUUCCUAAGGACCUUGUGGUGCCAUGAGCCACUUUGCUGCCUACAUUGACCAUUCUAGAUCAUUGUCUUGCCCAUUGUGUCCUGUACUAUGUCCGGUCUUGAUCUGGCUGCAAAUGUUUGGAACCUCUGAAACAAAACCCUUCUCUCCCCACCCCGAAAGGUUUAUUCAGACCCUGGUUUCACAUAUCGUGCUCCCUAGAACCUCAUUUUCUCAGCUCUGGUGUCAGGAAGGGUCAAAAGCAAGCACCAAGCCAACUUCCCCUUCUCAGUCUCAGAUUGUUGGCCUGAGACUCUUCACUUGCCAGAAAAUAAAUGGCUGUGUAUGAAGCUGGAAAUAUGAGGCCUAGCAAUCCUGAUUCCAAGGCCUAGUGUCUGUGAGAGAUCGAACUUGGGAGUGAACCAGAAGCAACCCUGAUAGCACUUUUCAGUAGCACAUGUUGAACCAUACUGAUGCCUUUAGGCAAAAAAGUAUAUUUCCAAGGAUGAAUCCCAAAACAUUGGUCCAUCAAGCUUGGUAGUGUCUGCACUGACUGGCAGCAGCUCUUCAGGGUUUCAAAUUGGGGGGGGGGUCUUUCUCAGCCCUUCCUGAAGUUGGUGAGAAUGGAGCCUGAGAUCUUUUGCACGCAAAGGUUCUGUUCUGUCACUACAAAGUUAUUCACCUUCCCUAAGUGGAAGUAAAGGUGGUGGGUGAUCUCAUAAAACAAUUCAUAUUCGGCUACAUAGUGACAGCAAUGAAGGCAGUACACACAUUUGGAAAAGGGUUGGAAAACUCAUUCAAAGACCCAUUUGCUGGAGGGCAAGAUAGUCUGUAUAGACACUGUCUACGCUUGGGUGCAUGUUCCUGGUGCACGUCAAAAUGCAGGUGGUGUCUAUGCACACCGUUGCUCUCAUCUCAACGCACCCUUUUGUUUGUGUAGGUAGAGAUGCUCAUCUGGAGAGGGGUGCUUGGGAUGCUCUGUUGGCCCUGCCUCCGACUCCCACCUUCCUAACUUCUGCAGAGAACCUGCGUACAUACAGAUCCAGCAUUUAUAGGAUCACAACACACAAAAAUGGAAGGUACAAACUGCACGUUCAGAGUCUAAUUGCAUCGAGCUGUAUGCACGCAGUCCCUUGCGCAGAAUACCAACAAACAGAGGUCACAGGUGGGAUCAGUAAGCAGAAUAACAUUUCGACCCAGGGUUGGGCUUCAGACUGGGGGUAAUGCAGCUUCGUCGUCACGACAGAUACCAGCCUGGUUGCCAAGGCAACAGGGACCUGUUCCUACUGCUGCCUUAAACGUUUCUGCUCCCUUUUGAGGGAACACUCCCUAGUU